AUGGUCAAGCGGGUUCUUGGAGAGGCAAGUGAACGUAAGAUUCAGCAGAUUUCCUUGUCAGACGACACGGUGAAACGGAGAAUUAGGGAAAUGUCAGAUGAUAUCAUGGAACAAGUGAUACAGGAGAAUAAAUCGUCUCCAAGUGCUAACGGGAUCACAUGGGAAAAUUGUUGUGGAGUCUGUACUGACGGGGCUCCGACGAUGCUGGGAUCGAAAUCAGGGUUACAGAAGCACGUCAAGGAAGUAGCUCUGAAUGCCAAAGGGGUUCAUUGUAUGAUCCAUCGUUUUGGACUGGCGUCGAAAACCCUCCCUGAUGCCCUUUGCAAGAUCCUGGAGGCAGUGGUAAAAUGCGUCAAGUUUGUGAAAGCAGGAGUUUUGAACUCUCGCCUUUUCCAGAACCUCUGUAGAGGCAUGGAUUCAGAGCAUGAAACCCCCCUCUUUUACUCCAAAGUGCGAUGGCUUUCCAAGGGUAAUGUUGUGACUCGAGUGUUUGAACUUCGGGGAGAACUUAAGUUGUUCCUGGAAAUGAAAGGGAAGGAUGAUCUACUAAGUCACUUCAACGAGGUGUUGUGGGAGCCACGUCUUGCCUACCUGGCAGACAUAUUUGAGCAGCUAAACAGGCUGAAUCUCAAGCUACAAGGCAAGGAAACAAAUAUGUUUCACCACAUGGAUUGUAUUCGUGCAUUUCAUGACAAACUCCAGAACUGGUACUUCCCAGAAUUCGAGGAGGAAGAAGGGAAAUUGGUGAGGAAUCCUUUCUCUGGCACUCCUGAUAUUGCUGCCAUUCCCGACGAUGGUCAGGACGAGUUCCUUGAUCUCAGGAACGAUUCUGUUGCCAGAGACCUCUAUGAAGAAAAAUCUCUGACUAGAGUAGCUCAGCCAGGGGCUGAUACACAACCCAACAAUAAACAACCAAAAUUCGAGUGCCGAAUGGGGUUCCAUGAAAGUAAUCAUCACAAAAAACACUGGGAUUGGUUUGACGAAAACGACCAGAAAAUCGAAGUACUCGUCAAGAGUAAACAUGCUGCUCUCACUGACUGGCAGAACGAUCCUAAGUCUUGGACCAAAACUGAUACCUCCCACGAGAAGAAAACGGCAGCGUAA